GUGGACGUCAGCCCCACACAGAGGAACUGGAAGGGCAUCGCCAUCUCUCUGCUGGUGAUCGUGGUGGUCUGCUCGCUCAUCACUAUGUCGGUGGUCGUGCUCACGCCCGCGGAGGUCCCCGGCGGCGGCCAGUCCAGGCUGACUGUGGCAGAUCUGCAUAAGCCAGAGUUCGCCAUCCACGACCCCGAGGCCAAGUGGAUCAGUAAUUCAGAGGUGGUGUACAGGAACCGCGACGGCCACGUCAUCAAGUUCAACUUCGCCUCCAACGAGACGGAAGUCAUUCUGACAAACAGCACAUUUGUGGCUUUUAAGGUGGUAAAGUACUCGCUCUCUACAGAUCUGAAGUAUGCGCUCUUCGCUUACGACGUCAAACAGAUGUACAGAUAUUCGUACACGGCGUCAUACAUCGUUUACAACAUCUACACCAGGGAGGUCUGGGAGCUAAACCCGCCGGAGGUUCACAACGCAGUGCUCCAGCAUGCAUCUUGGGGAAAACAAGGACAACAGCUGGUCUACAUCUUUGAAAAUAACAUCUUCUACCAAUCGGACGUGAAGAGCAACUCUCUGAGAAUCACCUCCUCCGGGAUGGAGGGAGUCGUCUUCAACGGACUGGCCGACUGGUUGUACGAAGAGGAGGUUCUGCGCUCUCACUUGGCUCACUGGUGGUCGCCUGACGGAGAGCGGCUGGCUUUCCUCACCAUCAACGACUCACUAGUUCCUAACAUGGUCCUGCCCCAGUUCACUGGCCACACCUACCCCAGAGGACUCCAGUACCCAUAUCCUAUGGCCGGUCAGAAAAACCCUGUUGUCAAGUUGUCGGUGGUCAACCUGUUCGGAGUGACACACACUCAAGAACUGCAGCCUCCUGAUCAGCUCAGACUCAGGGACUUCUACGUCACCAUGGUGAAGUGGAUCAGUAAUACUCACCUGGCGGUGCGGUGGAUCAACCGGCCCCAGAAUGAAUCAUUGCUGACGGUGUGUGACGCCACCAUGGGAGUCUGUCUGCAGAGACAUGGGGACUCUUCGGAGACGUGGCUCUCCAUGCAGAGACAGGAGCCACUGUUCUCCAAGGACCGGAGCAGGUUCUUUGUCUCUCUGCCCGUAAAACAAGGAGGUCAGGGAGACUUCCACCACAUCACCAUGUUUUCCAAAAAGUUACGAAGUGAUGAGGACGAAGUUCGCCACCUGACGUCUGGAGACUGGGAGGUGACAAAGAUCGUAGCUUACGAUGAAAACAACCAGAUCAUAUACUUUCUGAGCACAGAGGACGCUGCACAAAAAAGACACCUUUACAGCGUGUCCACCCUCGGCCUGUUUCCACGGCGAUGCCUCACCUGCGGACUGAAGGAGGACUGCUCGUUCUUCGACGCUGACGUCAACCCCGACGCGCAGCACGCCAUCCUGCACUGCAGAGGUCCUGGAGUUCCAGCUGUGCUGCUGCUGAGUUUGGACGACGUGGACUCGUAUUUCAUCUUGGAGAACAAUCUCCCUCUGCGGUCAGCGCUGGAGACAAAAAAAAGGACUCAAACUGAAAUCCGGAUGAUCACUAAUGAUGACUUUGAGCUGCCGCUGAAGCUCAUCUAUCCUCCCGACUUCUCCGAGUCCUUCCUCUACGGCCUUCUCCUUAUUGUCGUCAGCUCUCCAGGCGACCAGGCAGCGACGGAGGAGUUCAGGCUGGACUGGGACUCGGUGCUGGCGGGAUCGGACCAAGUCAUCGUAGCGCGACUGGACGGCAGAGGGUCAGGGUUCAGAGGUCAAAGGGUUUUACAGCAGGUCCAUCGGAGGCUCGGCACUGUGGACGCAGAGGACCAGAUCGAGGCUCUAGAAUACCUGACGACGCUGCCCUUUAUAGACCGCACUCGGGUGGGAGUCUUCGGAGAGGACUACGGCGGCUUCCUGGCGCUGACGAUGCUGAAGUCUGCCGAAAAGCUGAUCGGCUGUGCAGCGGCUCAGGCUCCUGUCACCGACUGGAUCAUGUACGCGUCUGCGUUUUCGGAGCGAUACCUCGGAUCGCCUUCAACUGAGGAGAACUCAUACCAGGCAUCCAACGUGCUGAGCAACAUGAAAGGUCUACAGGGAGGAACUCUGUUCCUGGCUCACAGCACGGCGGACGCAAACGUUCACUUCCAGCACUCAGCAGAGCUCAUCAAACACUUGAUAAAGAUUGGAGCCAACUACACGAUGCAGAUCUACCCAGACGAGGGACACUUCCUGCCACCGGGCAGCCGGAUCCAGCUGACUUCCUCCCUUAUUGGUUAUUUUAGAGGAUGUCUGCUUGGCACAUCAUCGUUACUCGACCAACACCAACAGGACGACGAGUGA